UGUCAUAAGUUGACACCUACUUUAGAAACCAUGUUCUUUUGAUCGGGAUUUAUUCACUCAACGUGGACGAAUUGUUCGCGAUGUUUUCCAGAUCAAAAGGAUGGUUGCCCGGACUGUUGUCCAAACCUAAAAAUCCACAUUCCUUGGAACAUUUAAAGUAUUUGUACAAUUUGUUGCUGAAGAACCAAAUUGUACAUGAACACAAUAGAAGUUUGCUGGUUGAGACACUGAGGUCCAUUUCAGAAAUCCUUAUUUGGGGUGAUCAGAAUGACAGCAGUGUAUUUGAUUUUUUCUUGGAAAAGAACAUGCUAUCAUUUUUCCUGCGAUAUCUGCGACAGAAAUCAGGAAGAUUUAUAUGUGUACAGCUUCUACAGACCCUGAACAUCCUGUUUGAAAACAUAAGCAACGAAACAUCCCUGUAUUACCUAUUGUCAAACAAUCAUAUCAAUGCCAUCAUAGUCCAUAGAUUUGAUUUCUCAGAUGAAGAGGUGAUGGCUUAUUAUAUCUCUUUCCUGAAAACCUUGUCUUUGAAGUUGAAUCGUCACACAAUUCAUUUCUUUUACAAUGAGCACACCAAUGAUUUUGCCCUGUAUACUGAAGCCAUCAAGUUUUUUAAUCACUCGGAGACCAUGGUGAGAAUAGCUGUGAGAACCAUUACGUUAAAUGUGUUCAGAGUCCAAGACAAUGCCAUGUUAAGAUAUAUAAAGGAUCGGACAGCAGCCCCAUACUUCUCCAAUCUUGUCUGGUUCAUAGGAAUGCAUAUACUUGAUCUAGACAGCUGUGUACGCAACGAUGCAGGACAUCAAAGUCGUAACUGGUUGUCGGACCUGGUGGCUGAACACUUAGACCACUUGCAUUACAUGAACGACAUCCUAAAUAUCCAGAUUGACUCUCUGAAUGAUGUGUUGACUGACCAGCUCCUGAACCGACUUCUUAUUCCUCUCUAUGUGUACUCCCUGACCAUGAGGAAGAAACAUUCCGAUAGAAAGCGUGAGAGAAAGCAUGUAACCUCUGUAGUGUCCCUGUUCCUGCUGUCCCAGGUGUUUCUGAUCGUCAGUUAUUCACCACUGGUGAGACAGCUGGCAGAAAUCAUUUUCCAAGGAGAUGUAGAUAUACUACGACUUGAGUCAUCUGAAGAAAUGCCAACAAGUCGUGUGAGAGCAUUCACUGCUCCAGAAGAAACAUUGGAGAAGACUUUUGGCUCUCAUGGUGUGCGAUCUUUCAUUCACCCAUCUGAGGAGCAGAGUCCUAAAAUACAGGAAGGAAAUUCCACAUUCUUCACCAAGGAAGCCACACCCAGUACAACAAAUGUCACAGAGGAAACCUCCUCCUCUGAAACAGAGCAAGUAGCCAGCCCAGCCAGUGAAGUAGUGUCUGGAGACAAUGAUUUGUCGAGUCCAAACCAGAACUCAACAGAUGAAGAAAAACUUCUCAGCUCAUUAAGCCGAACACAGCGCAUGGAACUGCCAUCCUCUGUCUCAAUAGAACAGAGACAAGCUGCAUUUUCUCUUAAUAAUAGACCAUAUUUGGAAUCCAUCUUUAAUGCACUGGAGUGUACGGAGAAUGAUUAUGAGGCACUGUUUGGCCUUUGUCUCUUAUAUGCUAUGGGACACAAUGAUGAGGGCCUGCAUCAAGGGUUGAUGGAUAAUGUUCUCAUGCCAACUGAAAAGUGUGAGACAAAGGAUCAUUACAAUGUGGCAUUGGUAGAGAGAUUGAUCAAGAUCAUCACACUGGCAUGUCAGCAUGAGAGUAAAGUGAGACUGUGUACCCUAGAGCUUGCGAUUCAACUAUUAAAACAGCUGGUUUAUACCCCAGACAAAUCAUACCUUCAGGACCGUCACCUCGCCUGUGUGGAGGCCGCCCGCGAGUGUAGCACCCAGCUUCUCAGGAACUUCUAUAAGGGUGAAGAAAUAUUUCUGGAUAUGUUUGAAGAUGAAUACCGAGAAAUGAAAAGUCGCCCUGUAAAUGUGGAGUACUUUAUGAUGGAUGCCUCCAUUCUCUUACCACCUACUGGGACACCUCUUACUGGUAUAGGGUUCAACAAAAGGCUGCCUUGUGGGGAGCUGGAGAGAGCUCGAAGGGCGAUUGGUGUGUUCAUCAUGGUACGGGACCUGUCUUUGUGUCUGAUGCAUGAAGAGGAAAAACAGCUGCCUCUCACUAAGGAGAAAGCUUGUGUCAAGGUGUCUGAGAUACUGGAUCUAAAUAACAGUGACUUGAUUGCCUGUACAAUAGUGACCAAGGAAAGGAAACAAGAAAGGCGUUUUCUCGUGAUCGAUAGUGUCCAGAUGAUUCUGGUAGAACCCGACACUAAGCGACUGGGUUGGGGCGUGGUCAGAUUUGUAGGUUUUCUACAGGAUGUGGAAGUUAUGGGAGACAAAGAUGACAGUCGUUCUCUACACAUCAACAUCCACAAACCAGCUACCUCCCAACACACACGACCAAUGUCUCUGCUGUCAGCACGUUUCCUCUUUGAUGACCAUAUACGGUGUAUGGCUGCAAAACAACGAUUAUCUAAGGGGCGACUGAAGGCCCGGCAAUUAAAGAUGCACAUGAUAGAGAGACUACUAGACAUUCCUUCGGACAGCAGCUCCCGGUCACAUACUCCUGUGUCCAAGUCUAAGGCAUAUCCAGGGCGUGGUCAUGCUGUACGCGUGACCCCUGGGCAUUCGUCCAGUCCAACACCAUCUGAGAGUUCCACUGGGUCCCAGUCAUCUAGUCAGCAGUCAGCAAAUAAGUCUGGGCACAGAUUGCUGCCAAAUGUUCCAGAUGAAGCCACUAAAACAAAGAGUAAGAAGUCUGUUUCGACAGGGUAAGGAGGAUAUUGAAGUUGCAGAGGAAGCGACAAGCUUUGCGUACCAUUCUUUUAAUCAACAGACAGGUGGAGCCUCGCCCAGUCGACAUUCCCCGUCCCCUGUUGAAUCACAGGA